AUGGAGAACGGGCACGAAUUUCUCGGUCGCAACGAUUUUUCACCACAUUGCGACGAUGCGCUUGAUGCUGCUGGUAGCCAUUGUCGGUACCGCGCAGUCCGCGUCGCCGUGGGUAUCAAAAACUCCCACAACGACGUCCAUCCCUCCGUCAACUCUUCCGCCUCCUCUCAUCACGCCGACAGCGUCGUCACGGAGCACGACCGCUUCCCCGACGGUUCGACCGAGUACAACCAUCCAGACAACGACACCGCCGCCACAGACACCAUCAACAUCACUGCCACAAUCGCCACUUACCACCACAGCCCGGCCGAGUCCACCACCGUCGGCGACUGUCCAGUCAACAGAAACAUCCACCGUCCUCACCAGCAAUGCGACCGAACUGCCCGUGGUUACCACAACGGCGUCGAUUCCAGCAGCGAGUGA